AUGUACGGCCUGGAGAAGCGUCCGAGCCCGUUCGCCGAGGGUGGAUCGCUUUGGGAGUUUGGUUUAGGCCAGAGAUUCAUCGAUAACCGCGACAGCGUGUCGCUGAACCCGCUGAGGACGAGUUACGUGGGAGGCGAGGACACGGCGUUUAGCGACGAACGCGCGGUUCGAGCGGGGGCGCGAGAGGAGAUAUAUUACGACCCGAAACGCGUGAAAGCGGCGAUCGUGACGUGCGGUGGGCUCUGCCCAGGCUUGAACGACGUCAUACGUAGCAUCACGACGACGUUGGAGGAUUACGGAUGCGAAGAGAUUUUGGGCAUCAAGUACGGCUUUCGAGGCUUCUUCGGCGACGAAGCCGCGGACGCGAAUCCGUUGGAGGCGCCCAUGAAGCUCACGAGCGAAAUGGUGGAAGACAUUCAAAUCACGGGUGGGAGCAUGCUAGGAUCGAGUCGAGGCGGGGCAGAUAUGCCGGCCAUCGUGCAAAAAAUCGAAGACAUGGGUAUCGAUUUUUUGUUUGUCAUCGGCGGGAACGGCUCGCACGCGGGGGCGUUAGCCAUCGAUAAGCUCUGUCGCGAGAAGGGUUUGACGACGAGCGUGAUCGGAGUGCCGAAGACGAUCGACAACGAUAUUUUGCUCCUCGACAGAACUUUUGGUUUCCAAACCGCCGUCGACGAAGCCGUCAAGGCGAUUCGGUCGGCGAACAUCGAAGCGCGAAGCGCGGACAACGGCGUCGGAUUGGUUCGACUCAUGGGUCGUCAGUCGGGUUUCAUCGCGAUGCACGCGGCAUUAGCUUCUGGGAACACAGACGUAUGUCUUAUCCCCGAGAUCGAUUGCCCGCUAGAAGGUGACGGAGGCGUGUUGGCGCACAUCAAGCGUGUCGUCGAACGCCAAAACCACGCCGUCGUCGUCGUCGCCGAAGGCGCCGGGCAAGAGCAGCUCGGCAUGAUUGGUGAGACAGACGCGAGUGGCAAUCCAAUCUUACAAAAUUUCGCCAAGUACUUGCAGCAAAAGCUCAAGGACGCGAAACCCGAAUGCGACAUCAAGUACAUCGAUCCCACGUACAUGGUUCGCGCGUGCCGAACGAAUGCAUCGGAUGCCGUUUACUGUUCUAUUUUAGGGCAGAAUGCCGUGCACGCCGCUUUUGCGGGUUUGAGUGCGGUGACCGUGGGUAUGUGCUCCGGCCACUACGUGUACCUACCCAUUCCGCCGGUGAUUAGCGCCGCUCGCACCGUCGAUCCCGAAGGGCGAAUGUUCGAACGCCUGCGCUUCGCGAUCGGUCAACCUACGUUUUCGAAAACUUGA